AGUUGUAAACUAGUAUCAUAAUUCAAAAUUUGAUUUAGUUUCUUUCAAUUUUAGCAGCAGAGAGCCAUUAUGGCGUUGGUGCAUCUUGUUGCAUUGCUGAGUGUCUUGGUAAUCGUGGGUGCAGACUCAUUUUAUGAUAUACCAGUUUCACAGGACCCUAAGCCCCGAGAGGCUAUCUCAGAUCUCAGAUAUGCUUGCACAAUGGAUAAUAAAGGUUACUAUAACCAUGGCGACAUCUUUAGUCUCUACCACGAGGCCAGAUGUGUGACAUUUCGUUGUGAGGCGGGGGUGAUCCAUGAAUUCCAUCAAGGUUGCUUGAAUAGAGAGCUCCAGAAAUGUGUCUACCUGAACCACUCCUGGAAUAUAGAUUGUCAUACCUUCACUUGCAUCAGACGGUUGAAAGAUGGCUACUACAGUUACGAGGGUCUGCGUAGUCAAAUCAAUUGCAAAGACCCACUCACCCAAACCUGCAAAGGAGAAGGUGAAUUAUUUCGAUCUCUGGACAAAAGUGGUCAUGUCAAAAAUAGGUGUACUUGCAGGAUCCUCCCAAAUAGAUCAUCAGAAAUUUUGUGUACUGAUUAGCAGCUCAGCAGAAAGCUAACAACCAGCAAAUAUAUAACCAAUCAACCAUGUUGUUUUUAAUUGGGAUGCAAAUAUUAAAACUAACACUAUUAUA